CCAGCUAGGUGGUCAGUAAAAUGCUAAACGGAGUUAUAUUUGCCACUGUGAGCUCCUAAGGCGGGAGCGAAUAUGCAUGUACAUUCUAAUUCUGAGCCGUGCGGCCGAGCAACAAGCAGCACAAGGCCUCUUGUCAUGUCCUGUGCGCACACUGCGUAGCGUUUUUCUGUAAUCCAUACACGCUACCUUGAGAUGGGGUCCAUUUGUGAUUUGCUGUGUCGGAGGAGGGUUGCCGGGUCUGUGGGUGGGUAGGCGAGGCAAAAAGACUUCGAAACAGCAGUGCUCAAGUUAGGUAGGCAGGGGAAUAUGGGUCCAGUGUGCAAAUUCGAAAUUUAGUGGUCCAAAAGGCAGGCGCGGACAACUCCCUCUCCAGUGUACUGCUGGGGAGGGGCUAACUUGGCGGGGAAACCACCGCCCAUUUUUCGCUUCGGCUGGGCGCUCAAAACCACAAUUUCCCCCCCGUCCACCCCUCCUUCUGGUCGUUACCUCGCACCAACUUCCAUUCUCUCCUCCAUCUUUUGGUCCAUUCGACAUCUUCUUGGGCUUCCCUGUCUCGGCUUUUCCAUCCGACAGACCCAGUAUCCUUUCCACUUUCUUCAAAAUGGCGGAGGAGCACCACGAUUUUGAGCACGACGCUGCUGGUGAUGCCGGUGCCUCGGACACCUUCCCCAUGCAGUGCUCUGCUCUGCGGAAGAACGGUCAUGUCGUCAUCAAGGGCCGCCCUUGCAAGAUCGUCGACAUGUCUACCUCCAAGACGGGCAAGCACGGUCACGCGAAGGUCCACCUUGUCGGCAUCGACAUCUUCACCGGCAAGAAGCUCGAGGACCUUUGCCCCUCGACCCACAACAUGGACGUCCCCGUCGUUAAGCGCAGCGAAUACACGCUGCUUGAUAUUACCGACGAUGGCUUCCUCAGCCUCAUGACCGCUGAGGGCGACACCAAGGACGACGUCCGCAUGCCCGAGGGCGAGAUUGGCGCCAAGAUUACCAAGCUCUUCAAGGAGGAGGAGAAGGAUACCCUGAUUACCAUCCAGACUGCCAUGGGCGAGGAGGCUGCCAUUGACGCCAAGGAGGGUACCAAAUAAGCCAUCAGCGCUUGAGGGGAAGGGAAGUUUGGAAGGACUUGGGGAGGUGGAGCGGCCUGGUCCCCCCCUGGCGAGCGAUUGAUAUUUUUUAUCGCCUGGGCUUCUUGCCGGCUGAAAUAUAUCGCGGUUGAUGUUUUUUUGGACUGCUCCAGGGACUCGGGUGCCGCUCGGCUGCCUAGCCACUCGAUCUGGGCACCUUUGCUGGGUACGGGAUGCACGGUCUUGGACCGUUUGGUUGCGUGGGACUGACUUCUGCUUCUGACGUACCCGGACUUCCUCCACGGGCCCCAAAAGUGCCUCGCGGGCCGCGAGGACACCAUCCGAUAGAAAUACAACACACUCAUAGGUUGUUCCCUCUCCCGUCUCUUGUGCAUGAUUUCUCGAACGGGAGGCGCGGAAUAUGGUGGAUGUCGUAAACGGUUCGCGGCGGCGCACUUGGGAUCGCGAGGUGGAGCUCCUGCUUGAGCGGGAAACAGCAUGCAUGUAAAGGCUGGAAUGAAGGCCGACCAGAAAUAUGAUGCCUGCGAUUUGCAUGGGUUUGGUAACGUGACUGUGUGUGGCGACGAGCCUGACGAAAACAAUGGGGGGAAGAAGGGCUUUGAUGUGGCUCAUCAAUCUCUCUGACCACUGUCAGAGUGUCAGCUGCGUAAAGCUCGGGCGUUGUUGAUCAACUUCAACUUUUUUCUAACUUACAAACAACACAAAGCUUCAACGGGGCCGCCCCAAACUCUGCACCAUGGCCCUGCGUGACCACCAUCGGUUCCCCCGCGGCGAGACCUGCGCCGAGUGUCCCGCCCGGAGA